AUGAUUCAAAUCAAACAUCGGGUUGGUUUGAGUAUACAUAUAUACAAAAUGUCUCACGUCCCCUGUAUUUGUAUUUGAGUUUCGCUUAUGACCCCUUUGUGUGGGAAAAUGCCGUAAAACCGCCCUUUUGCGCAUUUUCCGUCGUCAUACCAUCGCAUGUGCACUGCUCUCUUGGUUUUGUGGCUCCUUAAAAGUCCAUUUUUCAGAUGCCGGUGCAAUUCGACUUGCCACCGCCAACGACGGCGGGAAACACGUCGACACCGGAGAAAAUAACCUUGGAUCGACCGCUGGAAUCUGAUAACAAUGAAGUCGAUAAGACCACAUCGAGCACCGACGCGAAAAUUCGUCAGACAAAAGUGAGUCUGAUCGGACCGGGCUGUGCUAAACCGUUUUUCUCGUGUGAAACUAAUGGGAAAAAAAACAAACAUGCAGAGGAAUUUGUAAUCAGAACGGUGUGAUGUUUCCAUUUCGGGCUGGGUUGAAGAUUAACUAAAGCACGGGCGUACACAUUUCCAACUAACAAGCUCUUUUUGCCUGAGUCCAAGUGAUAAAUAGCACAUUCUUUUUAUUAGGAGUGGAGGAACGAGAGAAAUUGGUGAAGAAACUGAUAAGAACGCGUCACAAUCGAGGCGAAAAAAAGAGUUUCCAAUUGUAAACGCUUUCUAUUUUACACUCACAUUCACCCCAAUCAAUGGGGCUGGACCGUUGCUGAAAAAGUUUCGCUCAACUUAUUUUUCAAUCUAUUAGAAACGAAUUUCGUUUAAUGACGCAACUAUUGAUCAGUGUCUGAGUUUCGCACCGUUCUUACACUGCCCACACGUAAAUGUUAUCUGGAACGUGAACAAUGUCUGAUAGUGGUUAAUCCGGUCGCCGAAAAGAGCCUUUAACACUACCCUUUGGCUUCUUCUCCCCUUUCUUCUCCCCCUCGCUUCUUCCCGACUGUCGCACACAGAAUGGUGGCGCUUAUCAGUAGAAACUACCUUUCUCCCUCUCUCUCUCUCUUAGUUUCAUAUUAUCAACCUCCACAACUCGGUCAUAUUUCUUUGUUUCGCCUAACUAUUCAAUCUAUGAGUGGGAAGUAUUCUUCGAUCCUAAAAAGAGAGAGGGACGCGGAGCGGUGCAAAUAAAACUGGACGGUUAUCAGUUGUUCUUCAUCAUAUUCUUCCAGUUCCUCACUGGGUUUCUCCUUGAACAAUUUUAUGGAGGAGACUUCUAGCUCGGUUAUUUAGAAGAUUUUCCACUAACUUUUCUUCCUUUUUUUGGAAACUCACUCGUUUGCUUUUGCUCUACCAGCCAUCAUUCAGAGUGUAGUAUAGUCCACGGUUUAAGGCAAUAAGUACAACAAAAAACAAUAACCAUUUGGUUGAUCGAAUGGUAGGCGUAGGCGAAAUGGAAACAUACAGCGACUGUUCUGAUUCUGAUUCCUACGAUCUUCCAGAUGAAUUAUACACAAGAAAAUAUACGGUAGUUAGAAAUGUGCGGACAAUCAUCCGAUAUUGUGUGUUCCAGGUUAUCAACAAUUGUCCUCAUGACACUCAUACUUUGGAGCACGGGCUACAGUUGAAAGGAGAGCCAAUCAACGAAUCAGAGUCUGCUGUCGAGUGAGUUCAUUCCGUCCAAACUACAUAUGUACUAAUGUAAUUUGUUUCCUUUUCAGUAGCAUCAGCAAAAGUCUCCUCGUACAAAUAGCCAUAACGGUUGUGUUCUGCGUGAUCGAGUUUGUCACUGGAAUCGUUUGCACUUCGAUCGCCAUGCUCGCCGACAGCUACCACAUGGCGGCCGAUGUGAUGGCCUUGAUAGUGGCGCUCACGUGCAUCAGGGUGCGCUUGGAACAAUCGUCUCCUUUACUGAUAACUUUUUGAUUUCAGAUAGCUACGCGUCCAUCGAAAAAACACGGAUACGGAUGGGUGCGAGCCGAGACACUCGGAGGAUUUUUCAACGGAAUAUUCAUGAUCACAGUCUGUGUGCUGGUUUUUCAAGAAGCCGGUGGACGAGUCAUCAGUCAUCACAGAAUCCUUCAUCCAUUGCAAGUUCUUAUUAUUGGAGCGUGUGGAUUGGCGAUCAACUUGAUCGGAAUGUUCAUGUUGAACGGACAUGGACACGCACAUGGAGGCGAGGAUGGACAUGGACAUUCUCAUGGAGGUGGCGCCCACGGACAUUCGCAUUUUGGCGGGCACGGCAAAAAGAAAUCUGACGAGCACGACGAACAUGACGAUGACCAUGAGAACGGUCAUGGUCACAGUCACGACCACGACCACGUUGAUCACUGCUCUGAAAGUCAUAAGAACGAGGAGCCCGUUGCCAAUGGGCAUUCAGUGGGAAAAUCCAAUGCGCUCACCCGUUUGCUGGCCGAAGAAGCCCGUGAGGAAACUGUGGAACGUCGUCUGUCCGGAGCCACCACCCAGAAUGCGAUCAUCGCGACGAUAGACCGUCAGAUGACACCGUACGGGACUCACAUUGCUAGCGAAGUGCUCAAUGGCUCGUCGGCGGAACUCGAACCAACACAUUCAAAGUCCAAAAAGAAAGGCAAGUUCAUGCAGUGAUAUACUAUUAACGUGGUUCAGUAAAGUUAGAUGGUCACAUAACUAGAAUAUAACUAAUAACGUACUUGUGAGAUCGAACAACAAACAUAGCUGCAACUCAACUCACCAAAGAAUAAAGGAAAUUAUUUGUUUUCAGAGGAGAAGAACGUGAAUGUGCACGGAGUUUGGCUCCACUUACUGUCGGAUGCGCUCGGAUCCGUCAUUGUCAUGGUGUCCGCGUCGGUCCUUCUGCUCUGGCCCGACUGGUUCAUUGCUCCGUAUCUGGAUCCCAUGUUGAGGUAUGCGCAAGCAGCGAACCCGACGUCUUUUCGCGUACUAAUCGAUUUUUUUAGCAUGUGUCUCGCAUCAAUUAUGGGUUUCACUGCCAUCGUUCUCGUGAAGACGUCCGGAGAGAAACUGCUCAAGCAGACGCCGAAAGAAUUGGACUUGGAGAAAGUCAAAAAGGAUUUGUGCAGCAUUGUUGGAGUUUCGAAGGUCGUGCACUUGAAAGUUUGGACCUUGUGCGGUCAGAGAAUCAUCGCCGCCGCCCAUGUGAACUUCUGCCAUCCGGCUGUCUUUGCGGAAGCAUCGUUUAAGAUUAAGAAGUAUUUCCACGACAUGGGAGUCCACUCGACCACAAUUGAACCGACCUUUGAGGUGAGAUCUAAAUGUUCAAACAAAAAAAUGAACAAUGUUCUUCCAGGACACUUGCAUGCAAUCCAUGACGGUGAUGGUCAAGAAGGUUCUGAAUGGAAAGAGCAUCGAGGAGCCAGCUUCCAUUUCGAUCGGGAAUGAAGUGGCUUACUAG